CUAUGCAUAUAUAUAUAGACAUACAUCUCUAUGCCUGAUGAACUGACAGCUGCGGAGGCCGGCCACACGGUGCGACAUCUUCGUCUACCCGCGGCGCGCAUCCCGGUCGAGAGAGGCAGAGGGAUCGAGUAGUGGCCGAGCGAGGAAUUGGAGAGAGAUUGCAUAGCAGAGCAGAGGAGAGAUCGAUCGGUGUCCAUCAUCGUCGGCCAUGGCGUGGAGGGACAGCUACUUGGACGUGGUGCUGAUCCCCCUCGCCGUCCUCUUCCCCGCCGUGUACCACCUCUGGCUCUGGCGCGCCGUCCGCCGCAGCCCUCUCAGCUCCACCGUCGGCAUCAGCGCCGCCGCUCGCCGCCUCUGGGUCUUCUCCAUGAUGAAGAACAACGAGAAGCAGGCGAUCCUGGUGGUGCAGUCGGUGCGGAACGUGCUGAUGGGGUCCACGCUGGUGGCGACGACGUCCAUCCUCUUCUGCACCGGCGUCGCCGCCGUGCUCAGCAGCACCUACGCCGUGAAGAAGCCGCUCAGCGACGCCGUCUUCGGCGCGCACGGCGAGUACAUGAUGGCGCUCAAGUACGUCGUCCUCCUCACCGUCUUCCUCCUCGCCUUCCUCUGCCACAGCCUCGCCAUCUGCACGCUCAACCAGGCCUCCUUCCUCGUCAACGCGCUCUCCCCGUCCCCGGCGCUCCACCUCCCCCUCACCAAGGACUACGUCGCCGACGUCAUGGAGAGGGGAUUCCUCCUCAACCUCGCCGGCAACCGGCUCUUCUUCGCCGGCGCGCCGCUCCUGCUCUGGAUCUUCGGGCCCGUCCUGCCGUGCAUCUGCUCCAUGGCCAUGGUCCCGAUACUCUACAACAUCGACAUGAUCGAGUACGUCAAGGAAGGCAGGAGCAAUGGCGAGGCCAAUGCCAAAGUGGAGAUGGUGGAUACCGAGAGUGAUCAGAGCACUGAGGUCUGAUGAGCUGAUGAUGCAACUAUGCAAGACAGGCAGCAAUUGAAGCAAGAAGCAUCAGCAAGGAAUAUGCUCUACGUUGGUGUCCAUUCAUCUGUAGCAUGUUGUAAUUUGUUGGUGAUGCAUACUCCUAUGUGCAAGCUAGUCUUCCUUUUCACUGGCAACUAACUAGCUAGUUUGUGGUCUAGCAACUGGCUAGUGAGUUGGGUUGGUGAUUUUCUUUUUUUUUUCUUUCUGUAAGGACAAAAAAUCGGUGGCAUAUUGACAUGACAAUGCAGUAAUACUUAGCUCU